ACAUUGCAUUUGUCAAACGAUCAAGCGUCAAAAACUUAAACGGUUGUAAUUUUGUUGUUUGAAUUGAAUUUACAAUACAAAUAUUGUGUUGUGUUCUUGGUAUUAUUGCGCGAUGUUUUUACUGUGACCUACAGAGUUUAUAAGAAAGAUAAUCAUUAAGUGUUUACAAUUGUCACGAUGAUAGAAACUUCCAUAUCAUCAACUCCAGGGUUAACGAGGCUCAGUCUUGGCGGGAGCAGUAGUAGCUCGAUAAGACGACGAAGUCUAAUACCAAAAAUCAAAUCUCGGGAUGAGCAGCAAGACCGUAAUGAUGAUGAUGCGGAGAGGUCUUCACUGCUGGCUUCAGAGCGUGUGGUGGCUACGUCCACACCCACUACAUCGUCUCCAAGGCGGGGAAGGGACACCAUGUCUACUUCUCCCCAAAAAGAACACUUCCAGGGUUGCCUCAAACUCUAUGCUGAGAAUAAAAUAAACAAAGACAAUGCAUGGAACCUCCAACUGAUAGACUUCAUGACGACAAUGUUGCGUCGACACGACUCACGAAUGGAUAACCUCCAGACCGCGUCAACUGUGGUGGAUGCUUCGGCCAGGAUCUACUCGUUUAGAGUGGAUGCUGUCCACUAUGAUGUCCUCAAGAUGGCUGGAGGACUCAGUAAAGCUGCUCAGACGAAGAGAGGCAAGAAGGAUGAUGAUGACGCAGUGGCCGAGGAGGCGACGGAGGGCGCGGCGCCAGCGAAGGCUCGCAGCAAGAAGAAGCGCUCCAAGGGCGCCGUCGCGGCCAACCCUGAAGUCUUCAAUGGCGACUUCGAUGCUAACGACUAUAUUGACCCGUUCUUCGAGCGGCUGGCGGCGACGCAGGGCGACGUGACGUCCUCCAACCGAGCGUUCAACGCGACGCUGCCCAUACACGACACAACAUUAGCUUUAAUUUUGAGGACCGAUGACAAAUUUCUGGAGCCAAUCAAAGAGAACAUUCCGGAGCACAUCAACCUGAAAGCCAGCAUCACUCUGUCAGCGAAGCUCCUGCCAACCUUCGCUGAGGGUGACCACAUUUGUGAACCCUUCACCGGGUUCUCCAUCACCAACUGGGACCCCGACACUGAGGACACUAACACACGUGUGAACAACUGGGUUGAAGACAACCGACUGAACUUGUCUCAACAGGCGCUUGCGUUUGAUGUCAACGCCGACGUCGAGCCUAUACCGCAAGAGGAACCUAACAACGAUCUGUUUGAUGACGAGCCCCUCGGCGGCAUAGAGAGUGAAGAAGAAGCAGAAGCGGCGCUCGCCGCUUGCGCAGUGAAAGCUCCGCAAGCGGCGGUGGCGAGACUCACGGACAUGAGGCCUCACACCGCGACGGACACCCGGCUGGAGUACUCCUACUGUGGGGCCAUUGUGACUGCGUGGGCCGGCCCGCAGCAUUGGCGGCUGAGGAAUAACACCGCGUCAAGACAGUCAGAACGCACACAGUCGACCGGCCGCCUGACGGUGGAAGGCAAGAAGCCCGCGCGAACAAAACGUCAGUUGGACUUCCUCGGCGCGGGGCUGGCGUUCGAUUCCCGCGCUGAGCCCAGCGGGGACUACGAGCCCACGCAACCCGCCAAGAUCAUGAUCAGUCGUAAGACCUUAGCUACGGGUCACACCUGGAAUGAAGCAAACUUCAAAACGCCCAUUGAUCGUGGUCUCGACGAGUCCCACUUCCGCAAACUGUUCAUCCGGCGGAACGUGAUGUUGCUGCGCAAGCGCGACUUGGAGGCCAGCCGCAAGGCGUCGCAGCCCCCGCCCGAGCCCCUCACCGUGGAGGAAACCAAAGAUUACGACUACAACAACGAGAACGAUGCUGACUACUGCUCUAACAAUAUGCAGGAGGGCGACUCGUGGGGCCCCGAGGACGGCGGCGCGGCGCCGCUGCACGCGCGCGACGGCCUCCUCGGAGACAUGCUGGAGCCCCCCACCAAGGUGGCAAAAAUCUUCAUACCCUACGCGAUGCGAGCGAAAAAGGUGGAUAUGAAGCAGUUGAAGCAUUGCACUUGGAAGAUGCUAACGGAGAAAACGCCUGAAGGGGCCAAGGAAGAAGUUUCGGAAACUUCAUUUUUCACUGUCUAUUCCAGAUUACCGAACAAACUGUCUUCAAAUAUGCGAGAGUCACUCAGUGUGCCAUUAGCUUUAUUAUCUGUUCUACAUUUAGCCAAUGAGAGAGGUUUGGUGCUGGAAAAACGGGACGAUUUGAACGAUAUUGGCAUUUUGGGACUUAUCAAAUAAGAUGUUGAUGAGGAAUAAAUCUUCACAGAUUUAUAUAAAUAUUCUAUCUGAGGAAGAAAUGUGUAAGUGAUCGGAAAUUACAAUAAUUUCUAGAAAUUACAUUAAUUAGUAUGAAUUACUUUUGCAUAGAAUGCCGGUGUAAUUUUUGUCUUGGACCAAUUUAUUUAAUGCUGGACAUGGAUUCUUGUAAAUAAUAAAGAUUAGACAAUGCAUUUUUAGAUUCCGCCAUAAAUAUAACAGUAAGUUUUAUAAAACAUUGUACAGAUGUUUUGUAAGGAUAUUUUAUGCUCUAUUAUUAUUGUAAUAAGAAUAAAAUAAGAUUAUUACGUAUA